UUUCUCUGCUCUUAAAGAAAGAAAGAAAAAACCUCAAAAGUUUUGGUUCCCAUGGCAUCACUGAAAGAAAUCUUAACAAGAAGACCAAUAUCAGCAACAAUAAGAUUAACAGUACCAGCAGGAGGAGCAAGACCAGCGCCACCAGUUGGUCCAGCAUUAGGUCAGUAUCGUUUAAACCUAAUGGCAUUCUGUAAAGAUUUCAAUGCAAGAACACAAAAAUACAAACCCGAUACACCAAUGGCAGUAACAAUCACAGCAUUUAAAGAUAAUACAUUUGAAUUCACUGUGAAAUCUCCAUCUGUUACUUGGUAUUUGAAAAAAGCUGCUGGGAUUGAAUCUGGUAGUGGCCGUUCUGGUCAUGUUGUUGUUGCUACUUUAACACCUAAACAUAUUUAUGAGAUUGCCAAAGUUAAACAAUCUGAUCCUUAUUGUCAGUAUAUGAGUCUAGAAUCGAUUUGUAAAUCGAUUAUUGGGACUGCUAAUUCUAUGGGUAUUAAAGUUCAGGACGAAUUGGAUUGAGGUGUUACAACUGCGGCCAGGAUUUGGAUUUAAUAUUUUGAAAAACUGGGUAGAUUUCUAGUUUUAAACUUUCUUUGGUUUAUCAGUUUGGUUGUUGGUGAUGAAUAAAGAACUUUUGCUUAACAAUGAAUUGAAAGUGUAAUGUGAAAUGAAGAAUGAAACCCUUUGUUCGGAAUUGGAUUUGUUUGAUUCGUUGUAUUAGUUAGUAACAUGGAUUACUCAUUUUCUUAUCUUUUUUUGUGUUCUAUGAUAAUUGAUGUUGCAUUUUUGUAGUUAAGUUUGACAUAGACAACCAUUUAUAGAAUUUCACUUGUAUCUUA